CCGUCGUAAAGCCAGUUUAGUAGCCGAAAGGUACCAAGAUGGCGGAGGCUUCCUUGGGAAGUACAAGCCCAGUUGGCUCUUUGUCAUCGGAAGAUCACGAUUUUGACCCGACAGCAGAAAUGCUGGUGCAUGAUUUCGAUGAUGAGCAUACGUUAGAGGAAGAGGAGAUGAGGGAGGGCGGGUCAAGCGGGAGCUCGGAAAUCGCUGAUCUGGAGAAGGAGGGGAGCAUGCCGUUGGAAGAGCUGCUGGCAUUAUACAGAUAUGAAGCUGCAGACAGCGCUGUCGGAGGCUCUAGUGCGGACAGCUCGUCUGUAGAGCUGACCGAUGAGCUGCCCGACAUGACGUUAGAUAAAGAGGAAAUCGCUAAAGAUCUGCUCUCUGGAGACGAUGAAGAAACACAAUCUUCUGCCGAUGAUCUCACACCGUCUGUGACGUCACACGAAACCAAUGAUUUCUUCCCCAGAACUCUUCGCUCAAAUGUGGUUUACGAUGGAGACAAAGAAUCUGAGGGUGAGGAUGAUGGUUUGAGUCCUGAAGACUCUCGCAAGGAAAUCAUGGUGGGAUCUGAAUAUCAGGCAGAAAUUCCUGCUCUUACCUGUUAUAAUGAACAGGAAAAAGUGUACACAGAGGAAGAUCAGCUGCUUUGGCAGCCGGACAUGUUGCCCGAGUCAAAAGUCAAAAGCUUCUUGCAGGAUGCUGUGGACGGAAAGAUGGAUGGAGAUGGCAAAUGUUCUCUGGUCAAAGACAACGAGCAGGCCUUAUAUGAGCUUUUGAAGUGUAACUACAACGUCCACGAAGCUCUUAAACGGUAUCGCAGCAAAGACAAAUCCUCAAAGGACGAGAUGCUCCCGUGGUCUGAAGAAGAAUGCAGACAUUUUGAACAUGCUCUUCUGUUGUACGAGAAGAACUUCCACCUCGUUCAGAAACACAAAGUCAACACACGAACGGUGGCAGAAUGUGUUGCGUUUUACUACAUGUGGAAGAAAUCCGAGCGAUUCGACUUUUUCGUCCAGCAAAACCGAUUCGGGAAGAAGAAGUUCAGCAGUUAUCCUGGCGUUACGGAUCUGAUGGACCGGUUGGUGGAUGAGGCCGAGGGUUUGGUGGAUGGAUCUGCUUCUGUGUGCUCCAGCGGCAGCGGCAGGAUAGAGCCUCCAACUGAACAACAGCUCAACCUGCUCAACUCCAUCACAGCCAGUGAUCUCUCCGCGCUGACGAGCACGGUGGCGUCGGUGUGUAACCCUGCAGACGUCAGCUGUCUGGACUCCUACAACUUCUCCUCGCUGGACGGGCUGCACCGCGGGCCCCUGAGUCACGAAGAGCCACUCAACUACUCCAGCUCCAGCGACGGAGACUGCCUCAACCUGCUGGAAACCGGCUUCUACCACUCGGACCUCGGGCAGAUCAGCGUGUGCGGAGAGGACUGCGAGCGGCCCCCGGCCAAGCGGCUGAAGAUGGGCCUGUCGGAGCCGUUCUUAAACGACAACAGGAACAUGGGCGUAGAUUUCGAGGGCCGCACGCAUCACAUCACAAGUGCCAAAAUGGCGGUUUCGGUCAGUGACUUCAGCGAGGCGGGAAGCUACAUUGGCGCGCACACACUACAUCAGCACACGGCACUGCAGUCGGAGUAACACGAACGCGCGUGCAUGCCAACUCUCACGGGACUAGCUGCAAUCCAAUGUGUACAUAGCCGCAUAUUCCUUCACAUAUUUGUUUUUGGUUUCCUGAUUAUAUAUGUGUA